AUGACCGCAACAGUCGAUACCACCGGUGCACUUGCCUCUGCAAGUAUAAGUCGGGAGAACACACUCGCCGAGAUACCUCUCUCGGAACUCAACAACCCCGAGAAUGAUGGCCAAGAGAACAAGCUGCUUCCUGAGGAGCUCGAUGACCCAGCGUUGGAGGACGAGUACCCGAUUGGGUUCAGGCUUGUUGCCAUCCUCAUCGGGUGUAUCGCUGCCAUGUUCCUUGCCAACCUGGACAUGACGAUAGUAGCGACAGCCAUCCCACGCAUAACAGACGAGUUCCACUCCCUCUCUGAUGUAGGGUGGUACGGUUCUGCUUUCUUCCUCACCGUAGCUUCGUUCCAGAGCACCUGGGGCAAAGUGCUCAAGUAUUUCCCACUCAAGGCUGGUGUCAUCGGUGCAAUCGCGGUGUUCGAGCUUGGUAGCUUGGUAUGCGCUGUAGCACCAAACAGCGCAACGCUCAUUGUAGGCCGCGCCAUAGCCGGUCUCGGCGCAGGCGGCAUCGUAGCUGGAGACUAUACGAUCAUCGCCUUCUCUGCUCCUCCUCGGCGACGUACACUAUACACCAGCUUCCUAGGCAUCACAUACGGCAUCGCGUCUGUUGUCGGUCCGCUUGUUGGAGGUGUCUUUACCGACAACUUGACAUGGCGCUGGUGCUUCUGGAUCAACCUCCCCAUAGGCAGCUUCGCGGCACUCAUCAUCUUCCUCUUCUUCCACACGCCCAGUGCAGCCAAAACUGUGGAAGCAAGCGCAUGGGAAAAGCUCCUCCAACUCGAUUUUCCGGGCACGUUUACCCUCAUGGGUGCGGUGGUGUGCUACCUCCUCGCUCUGCAAUGGGGGGGCGCGACAGUCCCAUGGAGUGACCCAAAGACAUAUGGCCUGCUUGUCGGGUUUGGUUUGUUGAUGUUUGCGUUCGCCCUGAUCGAGUGGAAGAUGGGCGAGCGGGCAGCUGUGAUUCCCCGUCUUCUCAGGCAGCGCACAGUGCUAUUCUGUUCCAUCUACGACGCCUUCCUACAAGGCGGGUUUUUCCUCCUCGUUUACUACAUACCCAUCUACUUCCAAUCAAUCGACAACACCUCUGCCGCCCUCUCUGGCAUGCGCAACCUCCCGCUCAUCCUCUCUCUCGCCAUAUUUCAGCUUCUUACGGGGACACUCACCCGCAUAUGGGCGCAGUACGUUCCCCUACUCAUAGUUGGUGCCGCUGUAGCCACCGUAGGCGCUGGCCUGCUCUGGUCCCAGGAUAUAGGCACAGGUGCGGGGGAAUGGAUAGGCUACCAGAUCCUGGUCGGUGUCGGCGUAGGGAUCAGCAUCCAGAUCCCUGUCGUUGCUGCCCAGUCAAGAGUGCCCGUCUCCGACCUAGCACCGGUAACAGCCAUGGUGAUCUUCUUCUCCACCUUAGGCAGUGCAAUGUUCAUCUCUGCUGGCCAGGCCGUGUUCUCCAACACGCUCAUCUCCUCUCUCGCCCAGACAGCGCCAAGCGCCGAUCCUCUCCUCGUCAUCGGCACGGGCGCAACCUCCCUCCAGCAAGUCUUUGCCCCGGACGUCCUGCCAGGUAUCCUUAGAGCUUACAUGGAUGGGCUGAAAGCUGCUUUCGUGGUUGCAAUUGCUGUUCUUGGGUUGGCAACGGUAUCCGGUGUGUUUGUAGAGUGGAAGACAUUCGAGAGUGCGAGGGAUGAUGAGAAGGAUGGGGAUGCUUAGAUACUGUCUUUCUGACCGGACGGGAGAUAGGAUAUGCCUCGUACGACUUCCUUGAUAAUCACUGAGCGAACAACAUCGGCUGUUUGCAUCGAAU